ACCAUGGAUAAUCCCCUGUCAAGUAUAGAAACCGAGUACAUCAAGAACCUUCAGCAACAGGUCUACUACUUGGAACAGGAAGCCAAUUUCCUUCGAGAGCAGGCUAGCAAAGCCAGUGAUCUGCAGCCCAAAAUUGCAUUGCAGACUGAGCAUAUUAUUCAGAAACUGCAGGAACUACAGGCUGAAGCGGAUGGUUUUCAUCUCGACCUGAAAAGAAAGACUGCCCAUUUAGGCUUGCUGCAGAGUGAAAGAGAACAAAUAAAUAACAAAAUAACAGCCAUGGAGGAAAUGUAUGCUAAGGAGAAACAAUCACUGUUAGAAGAAACUGUAACUCUGAAGAAGUUAAAGGAGCAUGCUGAUAGAGAUUUCUCUCAGAAAGAACUAGAACUUCUCCACAGCAAGCAGGAAUUGGAAAGGCAACUUACAGCUCUUAGAAGCCAUGACUACAAAAUUAAUUUGCUCCAAUCACAGCUGGAGCAGAGGACCGAGCAGCAGAAAACAGUACAGGAGCACCUGGCAAAGAAGAGGCUUGACAUCCUAAAGGUAUAUUCUGCUGUGCAUGAGCUGGAGGAGAAAAUUUAUUCAAACACUGCUACAAUGCAAGACAAGAUAACUCGAGAACUUAGGGGUGAGAUCUGCCUUCUUCACCAGCAGUUGCGUGAAAAGGAUUUACUGGCAGAACAAGAUAUUUGUCUCAGAAGGAAGAUGUCUGAAGAUUGCACUGUAUUGACAAAAGAGAAUGCUGGGCUUUCCUCACAAGUACUGGAACUAAAGAAGCAGCUGGACAGUAAAAGACUGCUUAAAGAAGGGAGCAACAGUCUUCACUCUUCCAGCAUUGCACAGUUGUUUUCAGUAAAGGACCACGAAAAGCAACUGCAUUAUGAAAUUAAAAAAUAUCAAGAACUCUUGGAACAGGAAAAAUGUAAAUUCAAGGACAUCAUGGGAAAGAUUAAUGCCCUUGAGAGUGAAGCAUUAUCAAAAGACCUACACAGUGCCACAAAUCGCAGUAGAAUCAAGGAGAUGGAGGCUCUGGUGUUCAAGGAGGAACAGAUUAAGGUGCAGUUGCAACGAGACAAAUCUCUGUUGGUGGAUUUGAUUAGUGAUUUGCAAAAGAAGCUUGAUGUAAAACACAGUCACUUUACUCAUAUCACCUCUAAGAUCGACCAGCUUGACCACGCUAUAUCAGCACUUAAAUCCAGGCAUUCCCUGCAUCAAUCUAUCCCUUCAGAUAAAUGGCAGGAGCACUUGAACGCAACCAGCUCCUUGAAGAAAACUGAGUCGAUGGGCGCAUACUCCUUGGAGAAGGACUAACUGUAGAGCAGAAUGUCAGUGGCACAGUGCUAAGCAUAGCAGAUACACGCAGAAUGCAUUAUCUUAAAAACACAGUAGUACUCAAUCAGUUUUAUAAGUAAAACGCAUGAUCUGAAUUAGAUAAACUGCAACCUAACAAGAAGUAUUUAUUGUAUAGCAGAUGAAAAUGAAGUUUUAAGUGCUGUAGUGCUGUAUGAAAGCAGGACAGCUGUUAAUAAUCACACAUAAUAUAGUCAAAUGGACACCAGAACAUUUUCUCCAAUAGAUCUGCUACUGGCAAAUUCUUUUCCUUAAAAACUGAACUACUGAGCAUACAUUUGGCAAAAGUGAGUCAUAUAAUAUACAUAUUCUUCUUUCAAUUCUGGUUUAGAACCCUCGCCUAUUAGACAGUUUAGAGGACAUUGCUUUAUAAACCAACUCUAGCAUUAUGUGCUAUGAAGACUCUAUGUAAGUGUAUUUGAGAUCAUGCCCAUGUUAUGGCUGAAAAUGGUCCCUUAAAUCAGUUCAGCUGCCUGACUGUUAAAUAAAACAUAGAUUUGUGUUUAUUUUCAAAUGACUAGUGCUGCUUUAGCCAUGACAAAGUAAAUACUGUAAUCCACAUGUGCAAUCUAGAAUAAGUCUACUUCCUGCCUAGGUAUUAGAUUUGUUGUACAUGUUCAUCUGUGACUGCUGCUGACUUUGUCUUUUGUUGUGGAACAACAUUAAAGGAAUACCAUUUGUUUUAUAUACUUGUCAUUCCACUACAAUUAGCUGACAUGAGUAGAGGUAAUUGCAGUGGAUCUCCUAUACAUCAUGAAUACUAUGCUUAUUGUUGCUAUAUAACUGUAUAACUGUACUGUUCUAAAUGCAAAGAAACUACAUGUAUCUUUCACUAGGCAGAAGCGUAAGCUGAUAAGCCUUACAGCAGUUUAAAACAAAAGCUACACAUUAAACCUUAAUCCAUAUUUUUUAA